CCACAUCCCCAUCUUCCCCUCAGUCUUCAUUCCCUGCCAACCUCCGCACAUCCACUUGACCUAUUGUGAUACGCUUGUCUCAGCCCUUUGACAAGGUAAUGCAGCAAAUCGGAGUACACUUCGAAUUCUCUUUGCCGGCUUAUCAAUUGAGUCUGGACAGUUAUCCGAGCUGUUCGCCUCUAAAAAGGGUGGUAGAUACCUUCCUUCCAGCUUCCAAUUUCUGACCACGUCUUGCAUACAAAAUAUGAGUGCAACCCAUCGAGUUAAUGAACUGAUGCUAACGAAAAAUAGGGGAUAUACAGCUUCGUUUGCCUUCUUCGAGGCGCUUUGGGAGGCCGGCGUUCAAUACGUCUUUGUCAACCUUGGAUCUGACCAUCCAUCGAUCAUUGAAGCACUAGUCAAAGGACAGAGAGAGCGCAGAGAUCAAUGGCCCAAAGCAAUCACCUGCCCAAAUGAAAUGGUUGCUCUUUCUAUGGCCGACGGAUACGCACGUCUAACAGGAAAACCACAGUGUGUCAUUGUCCACGUCGAUGUUGGCACACAAGGCCUCGCUGCAGCCGUCCACAAUGCUUCAUGCGGUCGAGCACCCGUUCUCAUCUUUGCGGGCCUAUCACCAUUUACGCUUGAAGGAGAGAUGCGAGGCUCGAGAACAGAAUACAUUCACUGGAUCCAGGAUGUGCCUGACCAGAAACAGAUCUUAUCGCAAUAUUGUCGUUAUACCGGUGAAUUCAAGACGGGUAAGAACGUUAAACAGGUGGUAAAUCGGGCAUUACAAUGGGCUACCAGCGAUCCCCAGGGACCGGUUUAUUUGGUUGGUGCGAGGGAGGUUAUGGAAGAGGAAAUUGAGCCGUAUUCAUUGAAGCAAGAACAGUGGGUUCCAGUCACAGGAUCGGCAUUGCCGUCAAGUGCAGUCGAAUUGAUUGCAAAUGAACUGGUCAAUGCAAAGGAGCCAUUGGCAAUCGUGGGGUAUAACGGUCGCGCAACCAGUUCCGUUAAGGAAUUGGUUACACUGGCCAACACGGUCAAAGGCCUCCGGGUGCUCGACUGUGCUGGCUCGGAUAUGAGUUUCCCAGCAGACCAUCCCGGUUGGCUGGGUUUACGAUAUGGAAAUCAUGAAGCGAUCAAGACGGCCGAUUUUAUUUUAGUGGUUGAUAGUGAUACUCCUUGGAUCCCGACACUGUGCAAACCAAGGGACACGGCAAAAGUGAUCCAUCUUGAUGUCGAUCCGUUGAAACAACAGAUUCCGAUGUUCUAUCUGCCGUCAAUCGCGACGUUCAAGGUCGACUCUACGACUGCGUUUAAACAGAUUAAUGAUUAUAUCGCUUCAAAUGCAACACUAACUCAAACACUGAACAGCCAAGAAGUUAACGAUCGUCAGAAACGUGUUGAGGAAUCAUAUCGACGACGACUACACGAAAUUGCAGACUCGGCGGUGGCCCCUGCUGGGGGAUCAGAGGCCUAUUUGAAUGCGAGCUAUCUAAUGGCCGAGCUGAAAAAGGCAGCACCUGAGGGUACUAUCUGGGCUAUUGAAGCGGUGACUCUAACAGCACAUGUAGCAGAUCAACUUCAAUGCACUCUACCAAAAUCCUGGAUCAAUUGCGGAGGCGGUGGAUUGGGCUGGUCCGGCGGUGGUGCUCUCGGCAUCAAACUUGCCAGUGACGACCAGCACGGAGGCAAGAACAAGGGCAAAUUCGUAUGUCAGAUAGUAGGAGACGGCACAUACCUCUUCUCCAUUCCGGGGUCUGUCUACUGGAUCGCUCGUCGCUACAACAUCCCCAUCUUGACGAUUGUCCUCAACAACAAGGGCUGGAACGCGCCUCGUCGAAGUCUGCUACUUGUACACCCAGAGGGUGAAGGGUCCAAAGUGAGCAAUGAAGAAUUGAAUAUCUCGUUUUCUCCCACGCCGGAUUAUGCGGGGAUUGCCAAAGCGGCUGCUGGAGGGGAGUUAUGGGCUGGUCGAGCCAGUACGGUGGGUGAACUGGCGGAACGGUUGCCGCAGGCUAUUCAGAGUGUUUUGUCGGGGACGUCGGCUGUUUUGGAGGCGCAGUUUGAUGGCACGGCGGGGAAGUAUGUUAGUUCUUGAAUCUGUACAAGUUGUUGUAGCUAUCAAAUACGAGAAAGUUACGGAGU